AUGCCUCAAAAGACUAUCUUCUUGAUGGGCGCUCCUCUACCUGGACAUCUGGACUGGGACAACGACGAGCUUUUCGACAAGCCAAUACCACCGUUUCAAGGUUCCUCAAAUACCGAAGAGGGUCAACCAAUUACUAUUCAACGACCCGUGAAAUGGCGGGUGUUACAGCCUUUGGAUCAUGAGCAACCCAAUGUCUACCAGUCCUUCUACUAUGGACCGGACGACCCGAACUUUCUGACCACACAUCAGCUGGAGACUAUGGAAGAUUCGUCAACUCCAGAAGAUGGAUCCUUACUGUCCAAGUUCUACGAUCAUUCAUUUGCUCUCCACGAAGCUAGAUACCUCAGAGUCAUCUUCGCUCGUGCGAAUACCGGGCGACCUGAGCAAUUUGGAGGAUCUUCCUCGGCCAAACAUCUCCAGUCCAUCACCCCGCAGACCAAGACAAUCAACCUGGUCGUCGGAAUCAUUGCAGUCCAUCCACCCCGCCGUAUAGUAACGCGACAAUGGAAGAAAGCACUAGACCUCAUUGAAUUGGAGGUUGGCGACGAAACACAGACUGGAUUUGGGGUCAACUUUUGGCUCCCAGCGGAGAAGCCCGCCAAGACCCAGGAGAUCGACCGACUGGGGCCAACGCUGGCCGCGCUACGCCCUCGAGACAUCGUUCUGUUGCGGACCGUAGGACUGAGUACAUUCCAGGAUCGAGUCUACGGACAGAGUCUACGAGGGAUGACGAAAAUCAACCUUCUAAAUCGGUGGCCGGCAGACGCGACGGAUGCGGGUGGACACCGGGGCCAGCGCGGCGAUCGGGAGAAGCUUAACAGAGUGCGUGAGUGGGCGCUCCGUUUCGUGGGGACGGAUGCAGCGGGUAGCAUGUCCGGAAUGCCAGAGACACAACGUGGGCCGCUGCCCCCGGACACUCAAUGA